AUGAUUUCAUGUCGCGACAUUUGCGUGCGAGCGCGCAUCGGCUCACAGUUACGCUUCUACCGCAAGCGGCUAAAACCCCGGUACAACCAUGUUCCACAGGUUAGUUCGUUACAAAGCGAGCUUCUACAGCCCAGGGAACUUAGGCUUCAAGCACACUCUCCUGAGUCAGUGGAAAGGGAUUUGAGAAGGUUAGGAUUUCGGGAGAUUGAUGAAUCGGGGCCUGUUGAUGAUAUGCUGGUUGAGUACUUGGAGUCUUCAAAGUCACCAUUUAAGAAAUCAUCGAAGCAUCUAAACUCAUUGAAGAGCACUCUAGUCAAUAACAAAAGCCCAAAUCAAGACCGCAUGAAGGCACUUUUCGAUUUCUUACUGAAAGAGUCGGAGCAGGAGGUUAGGAGGCUCGAGAGCAUGGGGCCUGAGCAGCUGCAAAUGCUUCAGACGAUACACGACUCCGAGAAGUCGGAGCAUUCCGCCAAAGAAAUUAGCUCAGAGCGGGAGCUAGAAAAAGCUAUCUUACGUGAGCUGAUGGAAAGUUCGCAAGAUGAAGAAGGCCGCUCACUUUUGCCGAAUACAGAGUGCUUGUUUCGCGUCUUAUCAGAUCUCAAUAUGAAUAGACUCGCUAAGGCUGACAUUAUAUCUGUAGAACAGAUGGUUGGUGCUUUUGAGAUUUCCAAACUUCUUCCUGCUUACAAGCUUCGACAGAGGGGCAUUCUACUUUCCGGACAUUUGAUUUACUCGCUAGGUAAUGUCAGGAUGGAUCCGAUCAAUGAAUCCUUUUAUAUAGAAUCCUUAGUUUACUAUGGAUUCUAUAAAAAGGCUUUGGAACUCUUCAAUACCUACCGCGAAAAGGUUGAAAAAAGAUGGUGGUUUGAAAUGGGAAUGAUGGUAUGCCUGAGAGCAAACCACAUACGACAAUUCGACAAGUUGCUUGAGCAUUCACUUAAAACUUUUGGCAGUGAUUAUAUUAGCCCCAAAGUCCUGCGAACAGCCAUCCGCAAGAAACUGUACUUAAGGAAUUACCAAUGUUCUGAAAAGCUAACAAAGCUGUUGAUCAAUGUGGCUUCAGCAUAUGGUCUGAAGCUAUCUUCUCAACAGCAGCAAAACCCCCAGGGAAUUUUUUUUCAAAGUGAGACGCAAGCGGACUUGUUUUUAAAUGAGAAAGAACAAGUCACUGAGGCAGACUUUGUAGCGAUAAUACAGUAUCACCUCUUCCGAAAUAGAGAAAAACCUGCACUAGCAUUGCUUGCAGAAUUCGUCAAGCUCCCCGAUGUCGAUAAAAAUCUUCUUUCAACCGCUUUAGUUCAUCUAAAGUUACAUCUACUUAAAAGCUUCGACGUGCUCGAAAAAGACAUGCAUUCAUUGCUAUCUGGCAAGGACAUGAAGUUACUGCGCCAAGCGUUUUCCAAUGCUACACGCCGCUUUCAUGUGGAGGCUAUACAAAAGAAGUUUGAUACCGUUUUGUUUGACAGUAUUUCGGAUAUCGCAUCUCAACCUGUUUUGACCCAAAAUAUUGAACAAUUUGUUGCAAAUACCAAUAAGAAUCUCCCGCGAAACCCUGAGAAUAUACAAGAUGAAACUGUUCACUCCAAGAAGCUUCAUAAUUUGCUGAAAGCUCUUUUGAAAAGUGGAAAAGAGGAUCUAGCUGCUUCUCUGAUGAAGGACGCCAAUUCAUACUCGUCAAGCGUUAAAGAAUCAAAACUUUCUCUUGAUGAAGAUGAUUUUUCUGGAAUCAAUGCUCAUCAUUAUGCAGUUUGGAUCGAUCACUACAGUAGAAAAGUUCAAAAGGCCAAGAAUCCUCGGGAGAAAUAUGAGUACGAAGCAAAGAUUAAGGAGAUAGUAGAAAAAGUGAACAAAGGCAACGUUCAGUAUAACUCGGUUCUAAUGACUUCUCUUCUUACUCACUUUACAGUUACCGCCAACUUAGACAAUUGCUUCAAUAUCAUAAAUCCACUGAUGGAUUUUAGAUGCUCAAAAACAGAAGAAUCGAAAGGAAAUAGAAAGCUUCUUUCGUUUUUUGAACGCCGUGAAAUCACGAAGUCCUUGUAUUUUCAAAUUUGGAAAGCUCUUAUACUGUACUUCUCACGGUUUGAAAACGGCCUGGGUACGACUGAAAUUAGAUCAAACCAAAAGGCGUGGGGGUACAAAAUCUCAGCAGAGAGAUCUAAAAUCACUGUUCAUCCUAAUUAUGAUUUCAGGACACUUUUCAAACUGAUGGUACUUGAAGACAAUAUUCUUCCUGAUAGGCCUUUUUACCAUACAAUUUUACAAGCAUUCAUCAAGGUCCGCGAUUGGGCAUACAUUCCUGCAAUCCUUAGAUACAUGCGGCACAUAAACGGUAUCGAAAUCGACCGUAAAUUACAGAGGUAUAUUAACGGUGGCCUGAAAUUGGAGUAUAUUGCGGUGGAGCGUGAACGGCUCGAUAGUCAGAAGGCUGAAUUUUCAGGCGUAGAGAAGUUCACAACCCCGGUUGUCAACACUGCAAGGAGAAACGUAGAAAACCGCAUCAAGAAGGGUGAUAUUCUGGGUGAAACAAGCACAGACUACAGCCUUCAAGUCGAACAAAAUAUCCUGAACUUCCUAAGAAGUUAUAGAAGCCAUGAAAUGGAACGCGUCCAACAAGCAUUCGAGGAAGUUGGUAUCGAAGUCAUCAAUACAUGA